AGAGGUUAUCUAUAUUUUGGUCACAAAAUAUAAACAAAUCCCAAUCUCUUUAUUUUCUGGAAAACGUCUAAAUUCCAAAAUAAUUCUAUUAUUUCUUGGCUCUUAGAACAUGUGAAGAUUUUGAUGAUUUAUCACUAUAAAUGGUACAAAUUCAACAGCUUUUGUUUGUAAGGUUAUCAAAAACGGUUCAACUGAAGAUUCAUAGAUGAACCUCCCAUUUGGAAUCUCAAGUAUUUUUAUUAUUUUUAAAUUGGAAGAUUAAAGAAUGGAUUAUUUCCUCAACAAUAAGCUUGAAUUCAUGGGAGAAAACAAAGACAAUAGUGUGAUUCAACUCUUGACUGGCCUCUCAUUGAAACUUUGUGAGAAUGUUUUGGGAGACUCCCCCAGCAAACAGAAAAAACUGGUCAAUAAACUGAGAUCCUGUGCAUAUGAAACAUUGAUUUUCAAACCAACUUCUACAGAUCACAAAUUAGACAAAAAUGAAGAAAUUGACAAUGAUGAACUCAUUGGAAAUUUGGUGGAAGUGGUAUAUUUCAAUAAUCUCCAAAACUCAGCCUGGACUGCCAAGAAAAACCAAGUACUGUCAUCAACUGUUGAUAAGUUAUCUAAGCUCUUGAAAACAAAUCCAAAUUUGAAGAAUUUGCUUGUGUUUUUACUGCAUAUGUCCAGGUCACGGGAUACUGUAAAAGAGGAUGACAAUUCAAAGAUGAACCAGCCCUUCUACGAGAACAUUUUCAAAAUAGAUGUGGAAGAUAAGGUGAAUGCUGCUUUGAAGAGCAGCAGAGACAGAACAUACAGGAGGUACUCACCGUCCCUGUUCGAUGUUGAAUUGCCGGCAAAAGGCGUUAAACCUCCUCUGAAAACUAAGAGUCACUCGCUUGAUGCACCGUUCGAUGCACUGCCGGGCUCUCACUUAGUAUUGUUUGAAAAGUACAGCACUGUAUGGUACGCACAGCACAAGAAUAAAUACAAGAAUUCAGUAAGUGCUACCCAAAAGCUCAAUCCUUUAUGCAUACCAGAGCUCAACUUGGAUGUGCCUAGAUCAUUGACACUGCCCAGCUUUCGUAGCUCCCAUUUGGAUGAAGGUUAUGUGACACCCGACAAGGAGUUCAUUGAUAACAGCUGCAGUCGACGUAGUAGCACAAGUGGUUUCAUUGAUAAAAAAAUCGAGUUCCCUGAACGUGUGGAGUAG